AUGUCAAGCGGUGAAGAAGAAUCUCAUGAUUCUAGGAUUGAAGCAGUAUCUGGGGAACCAACAGCCAGCCCAAAAGCUGCAGUGGAAGCGGAGGAAAUGGAGGAUUUAUUUGGUGAUGAAAGCGACAAGGAAUUGGACAAAGAGGAUACUGGCGCACAAGAUGAUGACGAUAGUCGUAUGGUUGAGGGCGAGGAUAAUGAGCAGGAAAUGUACAAUCGAAAAUUUUACGGGGAUGCCACCGGCGAGUCUGACGAGGAAACGCCGCGUGAGUUUCGGGAAGCAGACGUGGACGUCGUCAAACACAUUGUUCCGUACCCUACGGCCUCUGCAAACGGGGAAAAAGGGGUGUUCUACGCUAAAAUUCCCGAACUUUUGACCAUAGACCCUAUACCGUUUGACCCACCUGCUUUCCAGGACAGAGUGGAACAGCGAACGGCCCAAUUAUCAUCUCGCGAAGAUCAGAUGGACGACAGGCUUAUAGACGAGAAUACGGUAAGGUGGCGAUACUCAAGGGACAACGAACAGAAUGUGUUCAAGGAAUCGAACUCGCAAAUCGUACAAUGGUCCGACGGAUCGUAUUCGCUACGGUUGGGCGACGAAUACACUGACGUGCUGAUAAACGAUACCGCUAAUACGUAUCUGGCGGUUUCCCACGAUCAGCAGGAACUCAUUCAGUCCGUAAGAGGAGGUGACAUCACCAAGACCAUGAUCUUCAUCCCCACAUCGACCAGUUCGAAGAACCAUCAACGUCUCACAAAGGCCGUGGCACGCAAAGAAAAGCGGGAACACCAGGGCCCCAACACAUACAUUCAACGCGUGGACCCUGAGCUGGAACAAAAAGAAUUGGAGCGGAAACAGAACCAGAUCAUGCGUGAGAGAAGGAAAAGACAGCUGCGUGAACAGCAAGAACGCGAAGGUUUGGAUUCACCAGAGCCUACGGGCAUGAUGGCUAAAUCUUCCCGUGCAGUGUCCGCAAGCCGUGAUCGUGAUCGUCGCAGUCAGUACGACGAAUACGAAGACGAUGGUUUCAUGGUGGACGACGAAGAUGAAAACGAUGAUCAAGAACAAGACGAGGACGAAGACGAAGAAGAAGAGGAGGAGGAAUUGGACGAUGAAAACGUAAGUGAGGACGAUGAAGCCAAAGCAGAACGUUUGAGAAAGCUAAAGCAAAACGGGGCUGCUCAAUAUCGUGAAGACAACGAUGAAGACGAAGCUACAACGCUCAAGAGGCGUAAGAUAGCGGUGUUGGAUGAGGAGGAUGAAGACGACGAGUAA